GUUCCGCUCGGAAUCGAUAGCCAGAGUUGGGUCUUAAGACAAGACGGGAAUAUAGUUAACGAAAAUCAAAUCAUUCAUUCAUUAACUGAAGAGAUCCAAGAGAGUGAUGUGAUUGGCAUUACCUACGAUCACAUCGAACUCAAGUUCUACAUCAACAACAAAGCCAUCGACUUCGCGGUCACCGGUAUUAAAGGCCAAGAGAUAUAUCCGGUGCUGUAUGUGGACGACGGCGCUAUACUGGACGCCAGUUUCACGUCAUUUCAAUUCGACCCUCCAUUCGGUUUUGACCGCAUUUUAGUGGAAAAGUCAUUGCUUUAA